AUGGUGACCACGUUGGGUCCCCCGGGAGAGUUCCAAAUUCCGCCCCCGCCCGCCGCCCCCUCCCGCCGCCAGCCCGCAGCAUUCCAAGGGCGGCCCCCUCCCCCAGCCGCCCGGCAGCCCCUCCUGGCCCGGGGCUCGAGAUCCCCCCCCGAGAUCCGCCGGUGCGCGGGCCGCAGCGACUUCCCGAGCCGCGGUGACUUUGCGCCCUCCGCCCCCGCUCACCUCGAGCCGGGACUGGCGGGCUCCGGACGUCCUACCCGCCGGGCUGGGUGGAAGACAUCAUCAGAAGAAAUCCAGAGCCAGAUGCGCAAGAUGGACGCGGUGGAGCAGCCUGCUGCGGCUCAGCAGGUGCACCAGCUGGAGCAGAUGCUGCUGAACGCCAGCUUCCAGGGCCACAACCUGACCGUGCAGACGCCCACCAUCCAGGCCCUGGUCUUCUGGCUGGGCUGCGACUUCGCCGGCCUCUCGCUGGGCAGUGCCACUCCAGAGCAGGUGCACCAGGCCCGGCCUGGGUACUCUAUGCAGUUCCCCACUGAACUGACCCGGGAAGCCUGCAGGAGCCGCCCCACGAGGCUGCGGCUCAUCUGUGUCUACUUCCUUACCUCCCACUUCUUCCAGGAUGGCGACAGCUCGGCCCUGCUCAACGACCACGUGGUGGGCGCCCAGCUGGACGGCGGGCACGUGCACGGCCUCAAGGAGCCGGUCAACAUCAGCUUCUGGCAUAACCGCAGCCUGGAAGGCUACACAGUGACCUGUGUCUUCUGGAAGGAGGGCGGCGGCAGGCGCCCCUGGGGGACCUGGAGCCCUGACGGCUGCCGCACAGAGCUUCCCUCCCCUUCCCUGGUGCUCUGCCAAUGCGACCACCUCACCUACUUCGCUGUUCUCAUGCAAUUCUCCGGCGCCCGCGUGCCCGCAGAGCUGCUGGCGCCUCUCACCUACAUCUCCCUCGUGGGCUGCAGCAUCUCCGUGGUAGCCUCGCUGCUCACUGUUGGGCUGCACUUCCACGCCAGGAAGCAGAGUGACACCACGACGCGCAUCCACGUGAACCUGCACGCCUCCGUGGUGCUCCUCAAUGUGGCCUUCCUGCUGAGCCCGGCGCUGGCCGGGGGUCCCGCGCCCGGGGCCGCGUGCACGGCGCUGGCCGCCGGCCUGCACUACGCGCUGCUCACCUGCCUCACCUGGGUGGCCAUCGAAGGCUUCCACCUCUACCUGCUGCUCGGGCGCGUCUACAACGUCUACAUCCGCAGAUACGUGUUCAAGCUGUGCGCGCUGGGCUGGGGGCUCCCCGCCCUGCUGGUGCUGCUGCUCCUGGCCGCCGAGAGCUCCGUGUACGGACCCCAGACGAUCCCCAUCGCCAACAACCUGGGCAAUGGCACGGGCUUCCAGAACGUGUCCAUGUGCUGGCUGCGGAGCCCGGCGGUCCACAGCGUCUUGGUCAUGGGCUACUGCGGGCUCACGUCCCUGUUCAACCUGGUGGUGCUGGCCUGGGCCCUGCGGGUCCUGCGCAGGCUGCGGGCGCGGGAUAAGGCACAGGGCCCCCGGGCCUGCCGCGACACCAUCCUGGUGCUGGGUCUCACCGUACUGCUGGGCACCACCUGGGCCCUGGCCUUCUUCUCCUUCGGUGUCUUCCUGGUGCCUCAGCUCUUCCUCUUCACCAUCUUCAACUCGCUCUAUGGUUUCUUCCUCUUCCUCUGGUUCUGCUCCCGGAGGUGCCGCUCAGAGGCAGAGGUCAAGGUGCCGAUGGAGGCCCCCGGCUCCUCCCAGAUGGUGCCGUAG